ACCUCAAACAGUACUUAGUUUACAUUCCGCCUCCGUACUGCGGAGGUGCAGCAGGAGACUCUGUAGUUCCUUCGUGGUUCUCGGAAACAGCGUCAGAGUGAGAGGUCUGCGCUGGAAACAGCGUCAGAGUGAGAGGUCUGCGCAGUCGCCUCCUCUGCGCUCCUCUCUGUUAGCCGCUCCGUCUCCUCCGCUAGCUUAGCCUGCUAGCUAGCUAGCAGCCCAGGUAAACAUGGCCAUGUCGCAGGCUCUGUCAGAGGAGGAGUUUCAUCGGAUGCAGGCUCAGCUGUUGGAGCUGCGGACUCAGAACUACCAGCUGUCUGACGAUCUGAGGAAGAACACGUCUGAACUGAACGCCGUCCGGCAGAAGAAUGCGGUUUUGGAAAGAGAUUUUGUCAAAGCACAGAAGGCUUUGAAUAAGAGCAAGAAAGCUCAGGAGGUGGAGGCGUUGCUGAGCGAGAAUGAGAUGCUUCAGGGGAAACUCCACAGCCAGGAGGAAGACUUCCGACUGCAGAACAGCACGCUGAUGACCGAACUCUCCAAGCUGUGUACGCAGAUCGAGCAGCUGGAACAGGAGAACCGGGGCCUGAAGGAAGGAGGAGGAGCCCCUGCACCCAGCCCCGUCUCCAGCCCUGUGGAUGGAGAACUGCUCCGCCUGCAGGCUGAGAACUCCACCCUCCAGAAGAAAAUGAAAGCCCUCCAGGAGCGCUACGACAAAGAGCUCCAGAGACAGGCCCAGGGCAACCAGAGCGCUACCACGGAGACCGACGGGUCAGCCAGCGCCAACGGAGUCUCUGAUGUCACAGGCAGGGGGGAGGAGCCAGCAGCAGAGGGAGCCAAUGACAGACUGGAACAGACGGAGGCUCAGCUGCAGCACACAGAGAAACAGCUACACGGCCUGUCAGAGAAGAGCGUAGAGAAGAUUGUAGCUAAGCAGGCAGCGCUAGGCUGGUCGGCUGCUCUCUGUCCAAUAACUCACUGCUUUGGACCAGAGCUGGAGAUGGCACUGAACACCGAGCAGGAGGAGAAGAGGCUGCUGAGGGAGCAGAUCCACCACCUGGAGGCGUCCAAACAGGCUGAAAUCACCGCACUGCACGAAGAGAUGACAAAGCUGUCUGACAAGUUAAAGAAGAAACAGGAGAGUUUUCAGCGUCUGCAGGCAGAGAAGGAGGCUCUGUACAACGACAGCAGGACAAAGAUCGAUGAGAUCAACCAAAGGAAAGAGGAGGAGCUGAAGGCCUUGAACAUCCGCAUCCAGAAACUACAGUCAGACCUCAUGGCAGCCAAUCAGAUGACAGCAGAGCAGAGAGAGCAACUGCAGAGCAAAGAGAAGGAACACGAACUGGCUCUGCACACUCUGAAAGACCAGGUAGCCAGUCAGAGUGCAGUCAGUCAGGAGCAGGUGGACAUCAUCCUGCAGGAGAACGAUGCUCUGAGGACAAACCUAGCUGCUCUAGAACAGGAGAACAGUGCUCUGAGGACUAAUCUGUGCGCUCUUGAACAGAUCCAGACGGUGAAGACGCAGGAGAUGAAUCUGUUGCGCGAGCAGCAGGAGGCGCUGACGGUCGAACUGCAGCAGAGACGAGUUGAACAGGAGAGCAUGUUGGCUCAGAGAGACGACCUGGACUCCCAGCUGCAGGAGUCGAGUUUUGCCAACAGGAAGCUGUUGGAGCAGUUAACAGAAGAAGGACAAGAGAAGAAUAAACUGCUGAGAGAGCUGGACGAGGCCAAGAAGGUGUGUGUGUGUGUGUGUGAGCAGACGGCAGAGAAGAGGAAGGCCAUGUUGGAUGAUAUGGCCAUACAGCUGAGCCAGGAGAAGUCUGACCACAAGGAGGCGCUGUCAGACCUCAAACUGCAGCACGAGAAGGAGGUUCUUGGGGUGAGGGCUCGAUAUGAGAAGGAGCUCAGAGGACUCCAUGAAGACAAGAACCGCUCUGAGGAGGAGAUCCGGCAGCAGCUUAGAGAUGAAAAGGCUCGGACCAAGGACCUGGAGGGUCUUCAGCAGCGGGUGGAGGAGCUGCAGGCUCAGGUUCUGUCCAUGGAGGGAACCAAAGGAUGGUUCGAGAGACGACUGAAGGAGGCCGAGGAGAACAUAGAGAAGAACUCUCUGGAACAUCAGGAGGAUGUCAAGCGUCUGCAGAACGAACACACACUGCAGCUGGAGGAGAAGCAGUCAGAGGUGGAGGCUUUGAAGCAGCAGCUGGUGGAGGUGGAGAAACAGAAGGACGAACACGGCGACGCCAUCGGGAAACUCAAACAGGAGAUCAAAGACACCGUGGACGGCCAGAGGAUCCUCGAGAAGAAGGGAAGUGCAGCGCUGAAGGAUUUGAAGCGACAGCUGCAGCUGGAGAGGAAGAGAGCCGACAAACUGCAGGAGAGACUCCAGGAGAUCCUGACCAACAGCAAGUCCAGGACAGGUCUGGAGGAGCUGGUUCUGUCAGAGAUCAACAGUCCCAGUCGGACUCAGCAGACGGGAGACUCGUCCUCCGUCUCCUCCUUCUCCUACAGAGACAUGAUGAAGGAGGCGCAGCCGGCCAAUCAGAACAAGUCUGGAGGAGGCAGCCCUCAGUCCCAGCGGCCUGCCGAAUUAUCGGACGACGAGGUCGGAGAGCUGUUCCAGCGACUCGCCGAGGUUCAGCAGCAGAAAUGGAUGCUGGAGGAGAAGGUGAAACAUCUGGAGGUGAGCUGUUCGUCGAUGGCUGAAGAUAUCUGCAGGAAGAGCGCCAUCAUAGAGACCUACGUGAUGGACAGCCGCAUAGACGUGUCGGGCUGUGCCGUCGGAGGUCACGGAGGCUCUCAGGGAGAGAGAGGAGGUCUGGGUUCGGUCCUCAGAGAUCUGGUCAAACCAGGAGACGAGAAUCUGAGAGAGAUGAACAAGAAGCUGCAGAACAUGUUGGAGGAGCAGCUGACCAAGAACAUGCACCUGCAGAAGGACCUGGAGGUUUUGUCCCAGGAAUUAGUCCGUCUCAGUAAAGAGAGCAGUCCUGGUGGCAGCGCAGCUGGUUCGGGAUGAGACUGUUGCCUGGCUCCAUCCGUCCAUUCCCUCCCUUCUCACUACUGUCGUUCACCUCAGCCGGAAGGUGUGGACUGGGCUCAGACUAACACCUGGAUCCGACAUUUCUUCCUUUCCCAUUCCGUGCGUUCAUGACGCAAAACCUGCUGUGGGCUUCAACUACUGUCUGGAGUGGUCACGAUUUCACCACCUCUGUCUUCCUGCUGGGCUACGACUAAAUGCUUGAAUUUGUCCAUUUAUUGUUUCUCAAUGAUGAGAGGAAACCGUGAGUUUUAAAGGCGCAGAAGAAGAAACUAAAGACCAGAGGGAAUGGAAAAACUGGGCUAUGUUGCUACUGAAUGUACAAUUAGACUGCACCACUCAGUUCCUCUGUCGAGUCCUGGCUACGACCUGGAAAACACACAUUGUAAAUGAUUGUAAAUCUUUAAUUUCACUGGUUUCUACGUCUUAAAGUGCGGUUGCCCGGCCAUGUCAGUGUUCUGUAUUUCCGCUUGAUCGUCUGAAAACACCUGGGAUUUGUAACUGGCUGUUUGAUUUAAAAAAAAAAAAAACUUAUCACAAGGGUGACUUGCUUGCUUUUUUUUUUUUUUUCUCUGAGCUUUCGGUCACAUCUCAUGACCUUCAACAGCAGAUGCAGUUUGCUCAGCUGUCGCGGAGAACAUUUUAGUUCUUAUCACGUGACAGAAAGUCCAGAUUUAGGUCAGUUUAUAACGAAACCAUCUCCAUGACAACUGAGCGAAGACCAUGAGACGUGGCGGAAAGCUCCAGGAAAGAGGAACAAGUAAGGGAAAGCGUUUCUGUUGGUUUUCACGGAUAUUUAUCAUUUUGUCUAAGAUGCUCGGUGCGCAGCAAACACAGCUUUUUCAGUUCGUUCGCAGAAUAAAUACAAAACUGUAAAGAUUCACAACAUUUAGCUUGUAUGCUAAGAUGUCGAGUUAAACUCAGAAUUAGUUUCCGACAAGCAGUUCUGACGGAGAAUACCGCCCCUAACAUUCGGCUGCUAGCGCGGCAGUUAGCUAGCUACAUUAGCCUGGUUCCAGGCUCUCGAAUCGCAUCUCUGACGGUCUAGUGCUCGUUAACAGUCUGCUCCAUAGUUAGCAAGCUAACUAGCUACAUCCACGUGUGCAGCUGUACAGAAAUAUAAACUCGUAAAUCAACAUGUUUCUUUAAACACUAUGGUGAGCAGCCAGAAGAGAAGAGGGUUAAAUUAACAAAACAUUUACGCUGCUGGGAAAGUGUGUUUGUCGGCAAACGGUUAACAUACGAGUACAGUAUGUUUGUGUCGGGCUCUGGUUAUUUCUUGGACUAAAUGCCCUUCACCGCUGUCUGUCUAGCUCGAUGGAGCUUUUGUGAAACUAUUCUGCAUCCCUUCUGUUAUUUAUUACUUUUCAAACACUUACAGUUCCUCGUGGAAAUGCACCUGUUACGGCUGCAGUCACUGAACGAGUGUCAUUAAAUGGUUCGUGGCCCAGACUAGUUGCUGGUCAUAUUACUUGUCCAUAUAUUGUAAUUUGGGGGGGUUUUAUUCAAAAUAACAUUUCGUGAAUGUAUCAGUUUAUUUUAAAGGAGGGAGAACAUAAAGUCAAAAGAAACUGUCAGCAUGGUCUACUUCCUGCUUUAAAUAACAUAUCUUAUUAUUUUGAACUUUAAAUCUGCUUCUGUUUUCUGUGAUUUUGUAAAAAGUUUAACUUUUUGACAGGAAGUUAAAAACAAACACUUCCUGUCUGCUCUGCCUUUGUUUCUUCUCUUGGGACUCUGACUACGUCCUGGAUUGAACGUCUGCCACAGGCUGCCUCUGCUGACCGGGUUCUGACUAUAUCCUGGACACUAUGCUUGUAGCAGACUGUGUUUUUAUGUUGUAACCGCCUGUAAUAUUUCUGCUUUAUUUUGUUUGUACACUUCAGUCUGAUGUUAAGACUUUAAAAUCUCAAAACGAGUGAGAAGAACUGUUGUUUACGGUGCAGCUUUAUCUGUUUGAGGACUUCUGAAGGAAAGAGCGUCACGUGGCUCUUACCAAGAUCCUUUAAACCAAACUCAUUACAUAUUUAAACAGCAGUAAAUCUCAUUUUAAAGAUUUCGACGACACAAACGCGAUUGUUCGUCUGAGAAAAUAUCUUUACGUUUAAAAGACAGUCGAGCUGCACUGAAAACACACUGAAGCGUUCUCUCUCUGACCGGCACCAGACUGACUGAGUGGGAUCAGUCUACGUGCUGGGCAGUGACUCAGCCUGUUUUUGUUUGUAAUGUUUAAAUCUGUGUAUAUGCUGUGAUAUGACUUCUAACUGUAUGAAGAAUCAACGGAUCUAUUUAUGAGACUGAUGAUGAUCACGACGCUAAUUAUUGUAACGACGAGAAAAUAUGAUAAAAUACUGUCUUGAGACGACGACGCGUCUGUGCUUUUCUCUGCUCGCACAACAACCGACCUUAACUACACGCUGACCGUUUUAAAUGCAGUUUGUCGAGUGUUUGCAGCAUCCAGAGCUACAUUUAAAUUAAAUAUCAACAACCA